AUGUUGGCUCGCAAGAGUAUCAUCCCUGAAGAGUAUGUGCUGGCGCGAAUCGCUGCUGAGAACCUGCGCAAGCCGCGCAUCCGCGACCGCCCGCGCAAAGCCCGCUUCAUUGCCAAGAAUGGCGCCUGCAACCUGGCCCACAAGAACAUUCGUGAGCAGGGGCGAUUCUUGCAAGACAUCUUCACCACCCUGGUGGACCUGAAGUGGCGUCAUACGUUGGUCAUCUUUACCAUGUCCUUCCUGUGCAGCUGGCUGCUCUUUGCCAUGAUGUGGUGGCUGGUGGCCUUUGCCCAUGGUGACAUGGACCCAAGCACAGAAAACCCUUCAAACAGCACAAAGUGGACACCGUGUGUGACAUGUGUCAGGUCUUUCACCUCCGCGUUCCUCUUCUCCAUCGAAGUGCAGGUGACCAUUGGCUUUGGGGGCAGGAUGAUGACUGAGGAGUGUCCCCUGGCCAUCACGGUCCUGAUCCUGCAGAACAUUGUGGGGCUGAUCAUCAAUGCUGUCAUGCUGGGCUGCAUAUUCAUGAAGACUGCGCAGGCUCACCGGCGGGCCGAGACACUGAUCUUCAGCCGGCAGGCGGUCAUCGCUGUCCGCAACGGCAAGCUCUGCUUCAUGUUCCGGGUAGGGGACCUGAGGAAGAGCAUGAUCAUCAGCGCCUCAGUGAGAAUCCAGGUUGUGAGGAAGACUACGACCCCUGAAGGAGAAGUCAUACCCAUUCACCAAGUGGAUAUCCCCGUGGAUAACCCCAUUGAAAGCAACAACAUUUUCCUGGUGGCUCCCUUGAUCAUUUGUCAUGUCAUAGACAAGCGGAGUCCUCUUUAUGAUAUCUCUGCUUCCGACCUGGCACUCCAGGACCUGGAGCUCAUCGUGAUACUGGAAGGGGUCGUAGAAACCACUGGCAUCACGACACAGGCGAGAACCUCCUACGUGGCAGAGGAGAUCCUGUGGGGUCACCGCUUCGUGCCCAUUGUCACUGAGGAGGAGGGCGUGUACGCUGUUGACUACUCCAAGUUUGGCAACACCGUCAAAGUGGCUGCGCCGCGCUGCAGCGCCCGGGAGCUUGAUGAGAAGCCCUCCAUCCUCAUCCAGACCCUGCAGAAGAGCGAGUUGUCCCACCAAAACUCCCUGAGGAAGCGCAACUCCAUGAGGAGAAACAACUCCAUUCGGAGGAGCAACUCCAUGCGGAGAACCAACUCCUCACUCAUUGUGCCCAAAGUGCAGUUUAUCACGCCUGAGGGGAGCCAGAGUGCCUCGGAAACGUGA